ACAUACAGAGUGCAACGAUGUUUUACUCACAAACAGUCGCCAUGAAACUGUACCUGUGUAUCGUGCUGCUGUCUGUUCUGCCGUGGACCAUCAGUGGAGGAAAAAUACUGGUGUGGUACACCGAAGGAAGCCACUGGAUCAACAUGAAGCCAGUGCUGGAAGAGCUGGUCCACCGCGGGCACCAGGUAACAGUCCUGACCCCGAGCGCGUCCCUGUAUAUGAACACAAGUGAGCAGGCACUUUUCGACUAUGAGCUCUUUUCUGUUGAAGUUUCAUUGAAAGAAAUCGAGGAAUUCAUGGAGGAGUUUCUACAGUUCUCCAUGUAUGAGAUGGACCACAAGAAUUACUUGCAGAUUUACAUGAGAUUUAUUGAACUCAUGGAAACUGACAUGAAAUAUUCAUUGGCAUUUUUGGACGGAGUAGUGAAAUCAGACGAGUUAAUGAACAAAUUGAAAGCAGGCAAAUACGAUCUCCUGUUUUCUGAUCCCAUCUACCCGGGAAGUGACUUGGUUGCAGAUAUUUUGGAUAUACCGCUGGUCUUCUCUCUUCGGUUUUCUUUAGCAAAUAAUUGGGAAAGGCACUGUGGUCAGGUUCCUGCUCCACCCUCUUUUGUCCCAGGAGCCAUGAGUAAACUGACAGACAAGAUGUCCUUUUCAGAGCGAGUGUGGAACUUUCUCUACUAUGCAUUGAAUGAUGUUGUUAUAGAUUUGGUCAUUUGGUCAAAGUUGGAUAAAUAUUAUACAGACAUCAAAGGGAAACCAACUAGUGCUUGUGAGCUCAUGAGCAAAGCUGAAAUCUGGCUCAUGAGAACUUACUGGGAUUUUAAUUUUCCACAUCCUUUUCUUCCCAACUUCAAAUAUGUGGGUGGGAUUCACUGCAGACCUGCUAAACCCUUACCCAAGGAUCUAGAAGAGUUUGUGGAGAGUUCCGGAGAUGCUGGUAUUGUUGUCUUUACGCUUGGAUCCAUGAUCAAUAACAUCACUGCAGAAAAAGCAACCAUGAUAGCUUCAGGCCUGGCUCAGAUACCACAGAAGGUGGUUUGGAGAUACAGUGGGGAGACACCUGAAACUCUGGGUGCCAAUACAAGAAUUUACAACUGGAUUCCACAAAAUGACCUACUUGGUCAUUCCAAGACUAAAGCAUUCAUCACUCACGGGGGCACAAAUGGGAUCUACGAGGCCAUCUACCACGGUGUACCUAUGGUGGGUCUCCCAAUGUUUGCUGACCAACCAGAAAACAUGCUCCAUAUGACAGAAAAGGGAGCUGCAAUUUCUUUGGAGUUCAAUUUCAUAAAGCCAGAGGAUCUACGAAAUGCCAUCAACACUGUAAUCAAUGACAAAUCUUAUAAAGCAAACGCCAUGCGCCUUUCAGCUAUCCACCAUGACAGACCAUUAAAUCCUCGAGAUGAAGCUGUAUUCUGGAUUGAGUUUACGAUGAGAAACAAAGGGGCCAAACAUCUGAGAGUGGAAGCCCACAACCUUACCUGGUACCAGUACCAUUGUCUAGAUGUGGCCGCUUUUCUUCUGUCUGUGAUACUGCUCCUCCUUUAUCUUUUACUCAAGACUUGUAAGUUUUGUUUGUGGAAAUGCUGCAGCAGAAAGGACAGAAAAACAAAAGCAGAAUAAUUUAUGUACUCUCUAUAUUUUUUAUCAUCUUACAUUCUUAACCCUUUUUUUGGAGGAGCAGCAUUAAAACGUGUGUAACUACACUGUAAACCUCAGAAUUCUAGAGGGCCAGGUGGUCUGACUUUUAAGCACACCUGUCACUGAUUGUAGGUGAUGUGUCAGCUGCUGAUUGGCUCACAUAAAGGACUUGGAAAAACACCAGAUUGAAUUGUCUGACUUUACUUAUACACCAUAGUAUCCCAGUCCACCCAAGACCCACUGAACAUUAUAUAAUAUAAUGAAAACAAAUUAAUA